UUCUCUGUUCUUCCACAAAACCUAUAAUCAAGAGUUUCUAAUUAACCUCUCAAGAUUUCCAAUAGACAGUACAAUGGCCAGCGAUGAGAUGCUGUCAAUUACUGCACAGCAACCCAGUGAGGGUGAUCAGCUGAACCCAUUUACCAUGGAAGACCUCGAGAUCAUGGAUCUAAUAUCUGCAACCCAUAUUGUUCCCCCUGACGAACAUUUUAAUGCCGAACCUCUUUUCGUCGUCGUUAAAAACAUUCUUAGGCGUUCCACCCAGAUUGUCGACAAUGUUUUACUGGGCCGGGAACCCCUGGAGAACCUGGAGGAAAAGAUGUCCCGAGCCAGCUUAGAUCCGCUACUAUGCACACUCAAGCAACUUUCCUCUGAGAAUAUGCUAACACUCUACAAGUUGAUGGAAAGAGUGAUGUUUAUAGUUAUGGGGUGGUGUUAUUGGAGAUGUUAACCAGGAAAAGACCAUUAGGUGCUGAAUAUGGGGAGGGGGAGACCAUUGUGGAUUGGGUAAGGUCUAAGAUUGGGACCGAGGAUGGUAUCAAUGACAUCUUAGACAAGAGUUUAGAAGCAUCGUCAUACGAACCCGUCAGGGGGGAAAUGGUGCAAAUGCUUGGAAUUGCAUUGCUUUGCACCAAACGGAACCCAGCCGACCGACCCUCCAUGAGGGAUGUCAUGUUGAUGCUGGAUAAAGCUAAGCCCAAGAGGCCAUUUGUUAACCGUACUGUCUUAACUGAAGUUAGGGGACAAAGUUCUUAAUCUUUAAG